AUGAGCAGCUCUACACUUAACGCACCUGGUCGGCUUUUGCCCAAAGAUUUCAUCUGGGGCUUUGCGACUGCAUCGUUCCAGAUUGAAGGCUCCACGGAGGCAGACGGUCGCGGCAAGUCAUUCUGGGAUGACUUCUCGCGCACACCAGGCAAGACGCGGGAUGGCGGGAACGGCGAUGUCGCGACCGACUCAUACAAGCGGUACAAGGAGGACAUUGCGCUCCUCAAGUCUUACGGUGUCAAGUCUUACCGCUUCUCGCUGGCAUGGUCGCGUAUCAUCCCUCUUGGCGGUCGUAACGACCCGAUCAACCCGGCUGGUAUCGCUUGGUAUUCGAACUUCAUCGACGAGUUGAUCGCGAACGGAAUCACGCCCUUCAUCACAUUGUACCACUGGGACCUGCCGCAAGGUUUGCACGAUCGCUACGGUGGAUGGUUGAACAGAGAGAUCGUGCUCGACUUUGAGCGCUACGCGCGGGUGUGCUUUGAUGCUUUCGGUGAUCGGGUCAAGCAUUGGCUCACCAUGAACGAGCCGUGGUGCAUUUCGGUUCUUGGUUACGGCCGGGGAGUGUUCGCGCCAGGUCGCUCAAGCGAUCGCUUGCGGUCCCCGGAGGGCAACUCGGCUACUGAGCCCUGGAUUGUCGGCCACCAUGUCAUUCUCUCGCACGCGACAGCUGUCAAGGCAUACCGUGAGUCCUUCAAGGCGAAGCAGAAGGGCGUCAUCGGCAUCACGCUCAACGGAGACUGGGCCAUGCCUUUCGACGAUAGUCCGCAGAACGUAGCGGCUGCCCAGCACUCGCUCGACGUUGCCAUCGGUUGGUUCGCGGACCCCAUCUACCUCGGGAAAUACCCUGCCUUCAUGGGAGAGAUGCUCGGAGACCGUCUACCCCAGUUUACUCCCGAAGAGAUCGAGCUUGUCAAAGGUUCUUCCGACUUCUACGGGAUGAACACGUACACGACCAACCUCUGCAAGGCGGGUGGUGAUGACGAGUUCCAAGGUCUCGUAGAGUACACCUUCACUCGCCCUGACGGCACACAGCUUGGAACACAAGCGCAUUGCGCAUGGUUACAAACUUACCCUGAAGGCUUCCGCGACCUGUUGAACUACCUAUACAAGCGCUACAAGAAGCCCAUCUACGUCACCGAGAAUGGCUUCGCCGUCAAGAACGAGCACACGAUGCCGCUCGAGCAGGCGCUCGAGGAUACGGACCGUGUGGAGUACUUCCGCGGUAUGACGGAUGCGAUCUCGAAGGCGGUCCUCGACGAUGGCGUCGACAUCCGCGCAUACUUCCCUUGGAGUCUCUUGGACAACUUUGAGUGGGCUGAUGGCUACGAAACGCGCUUCGGUGUCACGUACGUCGACUACGAAACGCAGAAGCGCUACCCAAAGGCUUCGGGCAAGUUCCUCGCCAAGUACUUCGCGGAGCACAUCGAGAAGGCUGAGAGCACUCCAUCAAAGCCAACAUCAGUCCCGAGUAAGCUCAAGUCCGGUGGGGCCGGUGGGAUCGAGACGCCUGCGUCCUUGCUCGGUAAAACGCGCAUUGGGCGCCUGUACGAGCUGGUUGUCGGCGCGCUAAGGGCUUUGGUCUCAUUCUUUGUAUGA